CUCCUUCUACAGGCAGGCAGGCACGCAGCCGCCAGAACAGAAGAGCAGCUCGAGGAGGGCGAGCUGACCAAUCUCCGCCCCAAUCCUCUCGACAAGUACACUGCUAAACCUUGAACAGGGCUCAAAUCCGCAGACUCUCACACGCUUAAGAACUCCCCGACCGAGGGCCGCAUCUAAGGCUCGCAUUCCACUGUACGUAGUGAGUUAGUGAGUAAGUGAGUGAGAGUGAGGUAGGACGACUGAAUCAUUCACCAGCUGUUCGGAAAAGCUUCUUUCAAGACCUAACCCCGGCGACUGUGACGAGUGACCAGGGUGGUGAGGCUGGAGAGGAACUUGCUGGAGGAGGGGCCUUUUGAAGAGAGAGGAGGAGGAGGAGGGGAGAGAGAGAGAGGCAGGGACAUUGAGAGAAAGAGGACUAUGCCGGACGCAUGUAGUCGGAGUGUAGACAUUUUGGAGCAAUUCAACGUUGCAGGGAGGAGGGGAGAGAUGCCGACGACGAAGAAGGGAGCGAGUCCGAGUCCGUUUCACAAAAAAUUGCUCAGCCCGGGGCCGUUCCAGAAGAGGUUUCUGGGCAAGGCCGAGAAGCCUGCGCCUUUGCCCAGCAGCGGGUUCUCGAGAGAUGCGCGAGGAUCACUGGAGAUCUUCGGCGCCAGCGCGCACAGGGGCAGCACGCCCGUGUUCUCGAGCCCCGCCUGGCACGAUGCUCUCGACACCGUCGAGAGCUUGUUUCAGAAAUCUGACAGCCCCGCUCGCCCCAAUUCUUUGUACGGGGAUGAGUCCGAAGCGUCGUCCAGCGAGAAAGGAGCGUCGAGCUUGUGGAGGACGGAGUCACGAUCUCAGAUGCCUGCAAUUGACAAGUCGCUGCCCCGACCUCGACCCUUCCAUGCCCGAGCUAAAGCCGUUUCCCCGGUUUCGAUCACUCUCGAGUACGGCGGCAGCGACCACGAGUUCUCGCUGGACGCCGAUUCCGAUGUUGAAUUGGCUCUUCCCAUCGCGGACGGAGCUGUCAGCUUGCGCAGGGUUCCUCUGACGCCGCAUUCCCUUCACACCACGGUGGCAGCUGUUUACCAGGAGCCAGUGGACAUCGAGCAGCAGUGGCGAGCGAUGCUGGACGGGACAGCUCUGAAGGCGAAGCGCGGCGGGGAUUCGGUGCAGGACCAAGCGGACGAUCAUUGGCAGGGAGUUUUGAACGGGGGUGUGGAAGGGCCCGUCGCGGAAGAAGACGAUGGCGACGAGAGCAUGAGGCGCAGGAGCGGAACCUCGUCCGACUACUCUGAUGAGGUGAUUUCGGAGCGAGCAGCGAAGUGGGGCUAUGGAGUUCCCAUGCGCGCCUCGACGGAGUUCGGGGACGGUCAUUCCACCGUCUCGUGGAGAACGAGCAACAGGUCCUCGGGAAGCAGAUCAUCGGGAGGAAGCACGUCGUCGCAGACCAUUCCACGAGUCGCCAAGGAUGUUAGGGACGCCAUCACUUCUUUCAACCUCGCCUUCGUCGUCUGCGACGCCACUGGCGCUGAUCCCAAGUACCCGAUUCUCUACGCGAGCGGAGGGUUCUUCAAAAUGACCGGAUACGAGGCCGACGAAAUCAUCGGCAGCAACUGCCGAAUCCUUCAAGGACCUGGCACCGAGCAAAAGGAGGUCGAGAAAAUCAGAAAGGCUCUCCGAGCCGGAGCCGCCUACAACGGCAAGAUUCUGAACUACAAGAAGGACGGGACUCCAUUCUGGAACGUGCUCUCCAUGUCGCCCAUCAGGAACAACGAAGGCCAAGUCAUCAAAUACAUUGGUAUGCAAGCUGAAGCUUCCGAGAAGUGCUCGAAGCCGAAAUCGGAGAAGAAGACGGUGACCGCAGUAGUGUCGAAGGAGACCGUCGUCGGGCAGAAGCCCAAGGCCAAGCCCGCAUUCGCGCCCGCGGCCUACAUCCCCGAGAUUUCCCUACCGCCGCUGAGGGACGAGGCGGAGGACGCCAUGCCCAGGGUCAGUUACCGUUACUCGCUGUCCAAGUCCCGACAAUCGAACGAGUCCGCGGCCGAUUGGCACGCGCUGGCGCGCCUGAGGGCGGAGAUUGUGUCCUCGGCCCGAGCCUUGGGGGACGCCCCUCCCCCGCCCGUGGUCAGAGGGAUGAAGGUUGCGAACAGCCCGCGCACCCGACGAGUCGCCCGGCUUUUCAGCAAAUUGAACUCGAAACUCUCGGACCGCAUGAGAACCCCGGAAAUCGAGUACGUGGAUUGCGAGAGGGAUGAGAAGGCCUUGAGUACUCUGAUCGAAUCGGACCCGGAGAGACGUCGACGCAGCAGUAUCUUCUCGCGGACCUCUGCGGACUUCAGAUUGGACGGGCCCUCCGACUUCAGCACGCUGGAGAUUCCCGAGAGGGGCGAUCGCUUGAGCAGCAGCCAUUGUACUAUCCCCACGGUCACGCACGGCGGAAGGAGUCAGUUCGUCAUCAUCCACUAGAUUGCAUCCUUUCGAUCGGCGACCUCGACGCCGACGCAAUCACUCAAUUUUGACACCAGAGACACCGUGAACAUAUCCUCGAGGUCCGCAGCCUUCGCCGACCAGAUUAUGAUGACUCGUACUCCGACCAAAGAGCGUUUCUCACGAUACAGUCUUCGGAUCCACUCACGCGAUUCUCCCCCUCUCCCCUUCAGUACAUAAUCUAGUAAAUAGGAGUGUGUUCUCAUAGAAAGUGGACGAUGGACCAUGCAUACAAAAACUGCCAAUUGUGCAGCUUCGGUCUCUACUACGAACGGGAGAAAUGCACUGGAUUUCGAUGUGGCCUUGCAUUGCAACGAGUCUUGUCUUGGGGGAAAAGGCCGGCUUGUUUAUACUGGCAUUUCGUUUCCAUAUUCUAUACUACCCAUAGAGAGUCUGCUGGUUAAGAUUCAUGCUUGAGGAUGUUUCUUAAACUGCCAGCAUCUGUACUUGAAGUAUAUUCUUUGUGGCGGUGACGUUCAUCGCCACCACCACCACGCUAAAUUUUGUUAGAUAGUAAGAGUUUGUACUACGCGACACAUACAUGUCAGCCGAAGAAGAAUGUAAAUAUGGACUGAGUUCUAUCAAAUUUUUUUCCAGC